AUGCAGGUUUCCUUGGUAUUUUUGCUGAUGGUUUCCUUGGUAUUGGCUUGUGAAUUGGAUCCGACGAUUAAUCUCGGUGAGAUUUUAAACUUUUUGAAAAAUCAAAUUACUCGGAAAAGUUUUAGUGGCCACUAUAGGGCUUUAACGCUUUAGUGUCCACUAUAGUAGUCAAAUUAGUAUCCACUUAAGGGGUUAAAAUUUAGUGGGCACUAUAGAGGUCUAAGAGCUACUCUCGACUACUUAGUGGCCACUUUAGGGAUCAAUGGGAUCAACAUAACUGGUCCAAUCUGUUUGUUUUAAAGUUAUCAGAGUUACUGGAAGGAAUACUGUAUGAAAAACUGCUGAAGUGGCCACUAAAACGGAAAAUAGUGGCCACUAUAGAGGUGGGUGUAGUGGCCACUUUAGUGUCCUUGGCGAGCCUCUAUAGUGGCCCUGAAAAUUUUCCCAGAUGAUCGAAAUGGAAUACCUUGGUAGUGGGAAAAUUUUUAGUGGCCACUUUAGGGUUUUGAAGUUUAAGUGGUUACUAUAGUGGUCAGCGUAGUGGCCCCUUAAGAUUUAGAUGCCACUACUCCCAGGAAACGGUGCGGAGCGCGAGCGAAAAAGUGGGCGUGGCUGAGGUAAAAAGCGCAAUUUUGCCCUUGCGAAAAGCGAGCAAGAGGCUUGCGUUGCGCGAAAAAGGGGAAACAUUUGAGUGCAAGGUUACGGUGCGUUCUACGUACGUGACCACGCAAAAGUAAUACGGCCAAGCGUUUUAUUUGACGUCUGUUCUCAUUUCACUUUUUUCAAUUCAAUUUUUCUUUUGUUUUUUAUUACGGUUCAAAGUACGUUAAACGUUGUUUCCUUGUUUGCGAGUAAGGGCGCAAAAUACUCGCUUCUAUAGAGUUUGUUUUAGUGACCACUUUAGUGUCCUCUCUAAACAGACCUUGAGGAGCUACUUAAGUGGCCACUAGAGUUUUCCCCAGCAAGUAGCGGUCGCGAAAUGAUUUUUGUCGAAGAAGAAGUUCAAAAAUUAGCCAAUAACUGGAACUUUUAACCUCUUUUUCAUUAAUUUUUGCUUUGCGAAGUUCAUUUUGGCUUUUAUUGUACCUUUUUAUUAGAGAAAAAUGAUCCUUGUAUAGCUUUUAUAAGGAGCAAUGUCUCAAAAAUCAACUAAUGGGAAGAUUUUCUAAUGAAUGUGUCGUUCAUAUGUGUUCAAGAAAAGACAUGAUUUUUCUAAAAUCUCGAUUUAAGCUCUACCAAUGGAUUUCCACUGCGACACCGGCGGCCCACUGAUAAUCCAGAACGAUAAGUACAAGAUAACAUUGACGGAGACUGGCGCCUUGACAUCCGGAACGUGUCCUUGCAACGAGAAUUCCGCGACUUUGUGUCCGAAUGGUUGGCAAGGGUUCCUACGUGAUGACAACUCCAUGUGGUGCUCACAGGUUUGAGAAAUGAAUUUUGUCUUGUCUAAACUCUCCUCUCUCUCAUCCCUUCCUAUUUUCUCUUUUCUAUCAAGAAAAAGAACGUCCGAGAGGUCCCUAGAGGGGUUAAGUCUUCAUAGAAAUAAUCGAAUAGAAUGAUUCCUAAAGGGGCUACUAACUGAGAGCCCUGGGGGGCGCUUAGACUCAAGAAAGCCAGAGUGGUCCCUAUAGGGGUUAGAAGGCUUUAGUGAUCACUAUAGGGAUGGUAAAGUGAUCCGCAGAGGGCUCCUAAUGUUGCCUCUCUAGGGACCACUCGGACGUCUCGCCUUCAGACUUAAGAACGUCAAAGAGGUCCCUAGAGGGUUAGGAAUUCAUAGAAAUAUCGACUAGCAUGUUCCCUAUAGGGGCUACUAACUAAGAACCGUGGGGGGGGGUUUCAAACUUAGAACCUCCAGAGAGGUCCCUAGAGGGGUUAGAAGUUUGUUGCGUGUCCCCUAUAGGCGCCACUAACUGAAACCCCUAAAGGGCCCACGUUCGCAACCUUUAGUGGCUCCUAUGGAAGCAGUUAAAGUGCUCCCUAGAGGGAAACCUUCCAAAGCAAAAUGAAAAAAAGGGCAAAAAAUGGUUCACCAAAAUAAGGUCACUUUAGUGAAAUUGGGCUCAUUGGCGGGACAAAUUUGCUCCCAAACUGUAUAUUUUCCAAUUUCUGAGAAAAUUUUUCUUGUUUUUCCCAUACGCCUUCUAGGCUGAAAAAGAGGGGAUCCUCCAAAAUUUUUUUUUGGGACUUUAAAAACUUCUACAAGCUCCAGCUACUUUAAAAGCAUGGAAUUAUAAAUAAAAGAAGAGAAAUUACAGAUCCGACAAGGAGCUCUAAGUUGGGCUGAGGCGGAGGCAGACUGUGUUCGGGAUGGGGCUCAUUUGGCCGGAUUCGAGAGUUCGGGCGAAUAUGCGGCUCUUCUAGGUCAUUAUCGACAUAGUUUAUUCAUAAAAGCCUAUCAGAAUCAUAGAAAAAUUAUAUUUAACCUAUAUCAGCCUUUUUAAAUUCACAAGGUAAGUAUUUUAAGAGCAAAGUUUGAGUUAAAAGUCUCCAGAAAUCGCUACAAACUACUAUAAAUUUAAAAAAUCGUUAUUCGAAGCUUUCUAAGCUUCAUAACUCUAAAAAAAAGCUCCAUUGUAAUAAUUUUUUUUCUCGUCCACAAUCUGGCAGACCUAAAGUACACUACAGCCAAGUUUUAGGCAAAGUUAAAUCACUUUGGAAGACUCUAGUGGCCACUUAAGAGGCGUCUCUUGGAGAAGACACUAAAGUGGCCACUAUUUUGCGUUCUAGUGAUCACAAUAGUAGUUUUUGUGAUUUAUUGGGACUUCUAAAAAGUCACUAAACUUUACCCGCGGCCUUUCGACUACUAUAGUGGCCACUAAAACGUAGACUUCUAAAAACAGGCCAAUAAUUUUUCGUCACUAAAGCGGCCACUAAAACGUCAAAACCCUAAAGUGGCCACUAUAAACUUUCUCAGAAAAACAGUUCCCUUGAGAGAAAGCCUCAUGAAUGGACUAUAAUGACCAGCUUCAGAACUAUCUUUCAACGUAUCGCAGACGAGUGGGAUUUGGCUUGGCGGGAAAAGAAAAGCAGCUUGUCAAACUCCGCAAUAUUCGUGCAGCAUUGCCGCAGACAACGGAGCGGAUGACACUUGCGGGAUUCACAACGUAAGGCUUCAAAUUUGAGGGCGAAAAAUCAAUAAAUCUAAUAGGCAAAGUCUUGAGGGUCUUAUGAAGAGUUCUGACACAAAAAAGUCUCAAACGGCUCUCAGGAACCAUUUUUCAUAGUAGAUUUUUCUAAAAAAACUCUUUAAAAGGGGGGUAAAAUUUGUGGAAAAAAAGAAAAAAAAAGUGAAAAUCAUUUAAAAAACACCUUGUGCGUCAAGUUGAGUGUUUGCGUACCAAACACUAUAAUCGACGACAGUUUUCAAGAUUUGGGCGCUUGUUCCGUCAGAAAUAGGACCGAAAGGUCAAUAUUACCGAUUUUUUUUUUUCUAAUACUUUUGUGACAGGAGGACAGACUUGAGCGACUCAGGAGUAGUUCUGUGGCACAAAAUCUAUUUUAAACACUCUCAAAAAAAUUUUUUUAUCGUAAUUUAUUAGAAAAAUCCUCACAGGAGGUCAAAAUUCAUAGGAAAUGGGCAAAAAUCCAAAAAAAAAUUUUUAAAACCAAUUUAAAAAAAAACACUUUGUGCGUCAAGUUGGCUGCUUGCGUACUAAACACUAUAAUCGACGGAAAUUUUUUUGAUUUAUGCAGGAUUUUGACGCGUUCUGUCAGAAAUUAGACCGAGAAGUCAAUAAUAAAGAUAGACUUGAGGGUCUCACAAGAAGUUCUGUGCCAAAAAAAAAACGAUUUUAAAGACUCUCGAAAAUGAUUUUUAAGCUAAAUUAUGGGAAAAAUUCUAUCAGGAGGCAGAACGCGUAGAAAAAAGUCCAAAAUCAAAAAAAAAAUUUGAAAAUCAAUUUUAAAAAAACACUUUCUGCGUCAAGUUGGCUGUUUGCGUACCAAACACUAUAAUCGACGACAAUUUUUUUAAUUUUUGCAGGAUUUGUCACUACUAUUUUAACGACAAAAAAAUCUAUGAAUAUUUGCAGGUUUACGGAUGGGAGAACAGCGUGGCGCGAGGCUCGGAAAUGGGUUGGAAAUGGGCCUUGAACUAUCCGGCCUACACGAAUUGCGAUGAUAUUUGUCUCGUUUUGCGGCAACAGUACACCAAUACGGAGUUACAAACUCUCUACGACGCUUUGAUAGCCAAUGGGAAUUUAGAGUUGAGCGAAAUUUUCCUAGUAUGAAAGACGUCAUGUUGCACCCGACCCAAAACGGUUUCCGCCAAAUGGCCUCAAAAAUCAUUAGAACAGGCCGAUUGAUAUAAAAUCGGCUAACUAGGGCACUUUUUCACUUUUCUGUGUACUGAUUCUAGAGCAAGGAAAAUUUUCUCGCAAAAAAUCUUUUUUUUUGAUUUAUGAAGCUCCAAAGCUCGAAAAACAUGCAAAUUACGACAAAAAAGCGGCUUUCCAAGUUUAAAACUACAAAACCAGGUCUUUUGCAAGAAAUUUGCUCUUGUUCUGGCUCCAGAAGGUCCGAAAAAACUACGGAAAAAUCGAAAAUUCUAUUUUUUACAGUCCUUCCGUGAUUGUCAAGUUCUCGAUCAACAACAGGAUAAUCAAUCUACCGUGUGUUUUUUUUUAUUUUCCUAUGAUUUAGUUGAGAAAAACUGACAGGGCCUUUGAAAAGGCAGAAGCUUGAUCGAUACAAGCAAAAAAUAUAUAUAACUGUUAGAAAGUCUAUGAAAGUGUGAAAAUUUAGUAAAAGCCUUUUAGAAUCGAUUUACACUCUGAAAACCGCGUAAAAAGAUACUUUUCAAAAGUUCCGUGCUUUGGGAAGAACCAUGCGCCUUUAAAGGAGCAUUGGAGCUUUUCAAAAAAAAGUUUGCUCUUUUAAGCUCUUCACAAGGCUAUUAUAAGCUCGAUAUAACAGGUAGAAAGUCUAUAAAAGUGAAGAAAAAAUGAGUAAAACCACCUAAAAUCAAGAUAGGUCUCGAAAACCCUACAAAAAAUUACUUUUCAAAAAUUCAAAGCUUUGGGAAAAGCCAUGCGCCUUUAAAGGAGCAUGUGAACUUUCAAAAAAGAGUGUUGAUCCUUUGAAAUAUUCACAAAGCUGAAAAAAGUCUACAGAAGUGAAGAAAAAUGAGUGGAAGCCUUUUAGAAUCAAUUUACGCCUCGAAAACCGUACAAAAAGUUACUUUUUGAAAAUUCAAAGUUUUGCGCCUUUAAAGGAGCAUAGGAACUUUUCAAAAAAGAAUUUUGCUUCUUUUAUCUAUUUAGAAAGCUACUAUAAACUGAAUAUAACAGUUAGAAAGUCCAUAAAAGUGAUUAGAGUGAGAAAAAAGCCAUUAAAAAACAAGGAAGAACCAUGCGCCUUUAAAGGAGCAUUGGAGCUUUUCGAAAAAAAGUUUGCUCUUUUAAACUAUUCAGGAUGCUGUUAUAAGCUCAAUAAACUGAAAAGAGCCUCUUAAAGUGAUAAACAAAGACGUAAAGGCCUUCUAAAAUCAAGGAACGUCUAAAAUCAUGAAAAAAAAAAUUCAAAGCUCAGGAUUCCACAUUUUUUGCGCUUAUUUUUCAAAAAAAAAACCUUCUUGAUCCAAAAAAAAACUUUCAGAUGCUCCCAACAAAACUCCGUUGGCCACUACGUCUGUGGAAAGAAGACCUGA